CGAGAAGGUUUCGAGAUACGGAUUAUACGACAUUACGACAUGUGACAGAAGCUCGAAACAAAUGACUGUGAAUGAAAAGCCCUAUAUUGUAUCAUGGAAGUAGAUAAAAUGCACUUUGAUAGAAUGGAAAUAAAACAAGAAGUUAGUGAGGAGGUGUGUAGAGAAGAAAUAGGUAAUAAUGAGAUGGACGACGAUCUUUUUGAUACAUUUAAAAUCGAGAUUAAUGAGGAGCCAAAGAGAGAAGCUACAGAUGAUGCAUUUGAAUAUUUGGUUUUAAAGGAGGAGACUGAAAUAAAUGACAAUGGACUUGAACUAAGUGAAGAAUAUCAAACAAAUAAACAAAGUAAAGUGGACGAAAAUGAUUCUAAUUUUGAUUCAACGAAUAAAUCACCCAAAAACAUAAUUCAAAAAAGCAAGAACAAAAAAGUGGCACAUUGUAAAUUUUGUGAAGAAGAUGUGCAUUCAAAAAACUUCGUUAGACAUUUGGAAAGAAGCCAUCAAAGUGAAACAGAACUUAUUAAUAUAUUUCAACUUCCAAAAAGUAGCAAAGAAAGAAGAAUUGCUUUAUCUGCUCUUCGAUACGACACUAAUUUUAACCUCUAUAUAAAUAGUAAUAAAAUAAGACCGGUUCGUAAACAAUCAACUGCAAAUGGUGAACCAACUUACUAUCCUUGUGGUUACUGCAAAGGAUUAUUUGUAAAAUCAUACUUAAAACGUCAUUCAAAGAAAUGCCUUUUCCAAAAGCAAUGGACGAAGGCAAAUAAAACUAGACAAAAUCAUAUGACAAAUUCACAGACAAUCGUUGCUUGCGCCUUGGACCCUACCAAGGUCAUAUCUAAAUUUAAUGUUAAGGAGCAAACACUACAUGAAAAUAAUGAACAAAACAUUAAUGAGAGAGUAGUGAUUCAAGUGAAACAUAAAAAUACUUUUACUGAAGUACAAGCUCCUGAUCAUACCAAUAGUUUCCCAUCCAGUACCUGCAGUGAUAAAGAAAAUGAAAAUCAUAGUUACAGUUUAAGGUCAUAUGUAUCUAAAUCAGUAAGCACGAAAAUCGAUAAUGAUGAUAAAGCCUUUAAGAUUGACUCACAGUCUGAAUUUAGUAGUACAAAUACAGAUAACUCUGAGAUUAUCGAUAAUGUCCGACCUAUUUUAAUCAAUAAUAAAGAUUUAAAUUCUGCUACCCCUGUAAAGCUGUUUUCAAAAGAAAUAAAAAUUCAAAGAAGCAAGAACAAAAAAGUGGCACACUGUAAAUUUUGUGAAGAAGAUGUGUAUUCAAAAAACUUCGUUAGACAUUUAGAAAGAAGCCAUCAAAGUGAAACAGAACUUAUUAAUAUAUUUCAACUUCCAAAAAGUAGCAAAGAAAGAAGAAUUGCUUUAUCUGCCUUUCGAUACGAUACUAAUUUUGACCUCUAUAUAAAUAGUAUUAAAAUACGACCGGUUCGUAAACAGUCAACUGCAGAUGGUGAACCAACUUACUAUCCUUGUGCUUACUGCAAAGGAUUAUUUGUAAAAUCAUACUUAAAACGUCAUGCAAAGAGUUGCCUUUUCCAAAAGCAAUGGACGAAGGGAAAUGAAACUAGACAAAAUCAUAUGGCAAAUUCACAGACAAUCGUUGCUUGCGCCUUGGACCCUACCAACGUUAUAUCUAAGUUAAAUGUUAAGGAGCAAGUAUUUAAGAUAAUGAAGUCGGAUGAAAUUUCUUUCGAAGCAAAAAAAGAUCUUCUUAUUUCCAAUCUCGGCGAAUCUUAUUUGAAAAAACAUAGAAGGAAACGUAUGAUGUAUGGCUGCAGUAACCUCAUGAGAGAGCUAUCUAGGCUUCUUAUAAGUUACCGCAAAUUAACAAAUACGGAUGUUCCUUUUAAGGACUUACUACACCCAAGAAAUUUUGAUAAUGUAGUAGCUGCAGUUAGAAUUAUCGUAGGUUACGAUCAUGUUACAAAGACUUUUAAAUCGCCUAGUUUAGCCGUGCACCUCGGUACAUCAUUAAAGUUAGCCUGUGAUGAAUUAACACAAUUAAUAUUAAAGGAAAGUUCUGGUUUCAAAUGUAAUUCCUCAGAUGAGUCUAGGCAAUGGCUACAUAAUAUCAAGAAUUUUAAAAUACUUAUUGAAGCUCGUUGGAAUUCAGAGUUAGCAUUUCCUCAACACAGAGAUUCAGAUAAAAGUGAUACGAUUGAUGAAACAUUAGAUAAGAAACAACGUAUUAAAAAACAAAGUUGGUCUAAUAAGGAAGUAAAACUUGUUGAAACCCAUUUUCAAGAAUUUAUAAAUGAAAAUGGAUAUCCGUCAAACAGGGAGAUUAGAGAAUUUAUUGCUGCAUCAAAAAUUAAAAGAACGGUGCCAGUAAUAAAAUCUAAAAUACAACAUUUAAUUAAGAAAAAUAAUAGAAAUUAAUUUUUUCCUAUAAGUUCAAAUAUAUUGUAUUAUAAUGUUCCUGAUAUCUUUAUUUUUAUAAGUAAAUAACUUACUAUUAA